UGGCCAUACCUGAGCGAAUCCUCCCUAAAUGUUCGCGGACUAUGUGGAGAUACGUUUCCAGAGGAUCACGGUUUAUUAAUGUAAAAGCAUUCCGUACGGAUUUAGGAUUUUAAUCAGUCGUCUGCAAGAAGUGCGCGUCAUGCCCGGAGAGGAGCUUCAGAGCGCCGUAUUACACCUCAAUGUCAGCACUGUCGUUGUGGCCUUGGUUGCUUUCAGCGCUUUUUACUAUGCGCUGCAUAAACUUAAAAGCAGCCGAGAUUUCUCCAACAUUCCUCCCGGUCCUAAACCGUGGCCUCUGGUAGGCAACUGUGGACAUUUUCUGAUUCCAGGUUUUAUUUUAAAAUGGUUAAGAAAGUGUCACGGUGGAAACGACGAGACAAAAGACUCUUCGCCAGUAUUGCCACAAGUUAUUCUAAUGGAACAAUCCAAACUAUACGGCAAUAUGUACAGCAUUUUUGUUGGAAGUCAACUGGUUGUUAUAUUAACGGGCUAUGAAAUCGUCCGGGACGCUCUUGCAAACCGAGCAGACGUGUUUUCCGACAGACCCGAUGUCCCCAUCAUUACAAUUAUGACAAAACGUAGAGGAAUAGUGUUUGCUCCCUAUGGUUCCGUGUGGAGACAGCAACGGAAAUUCUGCCACGCAACCUUAAGGAAUUUUGGGCUGGGCAAACUGAGCUUGGAGCCUUGCAUCCAAGAGGAAUUGGCGUUUGUUAAGACGGAGUUACUGAGACUUAGCAAAGACGCAAGCGGUUCGGCAUUAAACCCGGCUCCUCUCGUCAGCAAUGCGGUUUCCAACGUGAUCUGCUCCAUUAGUUUUGGACGUCGCUUUGACCACAAGGACCAAGAGUUCCGCACGUUGCUCGACCUCAUGGCCAGGGGAUUGCAGAUCAUUGUUGACGGUCCGGCUGUCCUAAUCAACGUUUGCCCCCUGCUUUAUUACCUACCAUUUGGUAUCUUCAAGGAAAUCCGCAAAGCGGAGGCAGAUAUCACCGUUUUCCUGAAGGGUAUCAUCGCCCAGCACAGCUCCAGUCUGGAUCCGGACAAUCCGCGCGACCUCAUCGACAUGUACCUGGUGGAGGUGGCUCAGCAGAAGGAGAGAGUAGGAGCUGGAGAGACCAGCUUUUCUGAGGAUUACCUCUUUUAUAUCAUCGGUGACCUCUUCGUCGCCGGGACUGACACCACCACCAACACCAUACUCUGGACGCUCCUGUACAUGUGCAUGUACCCAGAUAUUCAAGAGAAGGUUCAAGUGGAGAUUGAUUCGGUGAUAGGGCCAGACAGGGUCCCAUCACUGACAGACAAGGCUAGACUGCCCUUCACAGAGGCCACCAUCAUGGAGGUACAGAGAAUGACAGUGGUGGUCCCUUUGGCCAUACCCCACAUGGCUUCACAGACUACAGUGUUCCGCAACUACACCAUACCGAAAGGCACAGUGAUUCUUCCCAAUCUCUGGUCAGUCCACCGAGACCCCACAGUGUGGGACAACCCAGACAUUUUCAAUCCCUGCAGAUUCCUGGACAAGAACGGACAACUUCUAAGAAGAGAAUGCUUUAUUCCGUUUGGCAUAGGUCGUAGGGUCUGCAUGGGCGAGCAGCUGGCCAAGAUGGAGCUCUUCUUGAUGUUCUCCACCCUGAUGCAAGCAUUCACCUUCAGACUCCCAGAGGGUCUCCCACCGCCACCCAUGCACGGAAGAUUCGGCCUAACGCUGGCCCCAUGUCCGUACACGGUCUGUGUGACUCCACGCUGAGCCCUAGUGACACAUCACGGCUAAGGUCCAAAAAGGCCUUUAUAUCUGUAAUGAGGGUGGGUGGAAGUGGGACACUGUGAAGAAACCUGUUGUAUCCUGUAGAAAGGUUGCAGUUUUCAUUCCCUGGCAGAGUGCAGCCGGUCCUGUUUCUUCUGACAUUUCAUUCUCCAUUCUCUUACAGUGUGUAAUUGUGAGAAUUAACAUAGGCUCAUUUCAAGUUCACACAUAAUGCAAUGAAAGGAAAGAGCAAGAAAAAAGUAUUAAAAUU